AUGCGGAUCAGUAAUGCGGGGCGAUGGACACAGGCAAAGAAGCUGGGCCUCUGCGUCGAUAUUGACACCAUCGCAGCGGUCGAGAAUGUACUCUACCAAGUUAUCGUGGCCUGCGCGUGCAGCCGCAUGGAGUGGAGCAGCGAAACAGGGCCAGCGGACUGCGAGGCGAACGCCCAGGAGGAAAGAGACGAGGGACUCAGGGACGUGUCGGAGCAGGCGGUGGAAAAGAUCAAGACGUCCAGAGGUGACAGCCCAUAG